CGGCGGCUUAGUGGAAGCCAGACAAGACGCCGUGGAUCUCCAAAACGUUAGUAUCGACGGGACGGCUCUGGCGGCCACCUGCCCGCCCCUCAACGUGAAGUGCAACGCAAGUAAGCGCUACAGGGAACCCGACGGAACGUGCAACAACCUGCAGAACCCAGGCUGGGGUAGCGCGGGCUCCUGCAUGAACAGGCUGCAGAAGCCAGCCUACCAGGACGGUAUAAGCAAGCCCAGGGUGGCUCAGAGUGGAGACCCGCUUCCAAACGCCAGGUACAUCUCGUACACGGUGCAUCCAGACAUGGACAUGCCGGCAACCAGCUUCACUCACAUGGUGAUGCAGAUCGGACAGUUCAUCGACCACGACAUCGCGCUUGCGCCCCUCGAACCGAACCCUGGAGAAAUCAUCAACUUGGGAAAUCCCAACAACCCGAUCGACUGCUGCUCUGCGAGCACCCGAAACACGCCGGAAUGCUUUUCAAUCGACAUCCCGACUACCGACCCGUUCUUUGCUCCGCUGCACCAGACGUGCAUGAACCUGCCUAGAUCGGCACCCUGCAGCCGCUGCAACCUGGGUUACAGAGACCAACAAGAUAUUCUGACGUCAUAUAUCGAUGGGUCUCAAAUCUACGGCAGCAGCGCUUCCGACACCCAGAAACUCCGCACCCUUACUCAAGGUCUACUCAAGUAUCAAUAUGUAAAUGGAAAGGAGUUACUACCCCGGAGUUUCUAUCCGACCAUGGAUCGUUGCAGUAACCCCAGCCAGAACCAGUAUUGCUUCAGAGCAGGCGACGAACGCGCAAACGAGCACCCAGGCCUUACCUCCAUACACACCGUCUGGCUCCGGCAACACAACCUCCUCGCCGACACCUUCAGGGGCUUCAAUCCCAAUUUGAGCGACGAGACACUCUUUCAAGCAUCAAAACGGAUCGUGGAGUCGCAGUUUGCGCACAUCGUCUACAAUGAGUGGCUGCCGAUCGUCCUGGGGCCGGGCUUAAUGUCCCAGUAUCAACUCACGCCCAAGACCUCGGGAUUCACGACGUACGACAAGACGGUCGACGCCACGAUGGUUAACGAGUUCGCAGCCGCAGGGUUUCGAAUGGGACACACGCUCAUCCAGGGCACCUUUUUCCUCGUGAACUCCAACGGGAAUCAAGGAUCCUUCGAGCUCGAAGAAAACUACUUCUUCCCCUUCAACUUCUACAAUGGAGAUCUUGACUAUGUGCUUCGUGGGCUUUUGCAGCAGAAAGCGCAGGAAUUCGACAAAUUCGUGACUGACGGAGUUACGCAUCACCUGUACCGGCUACGAAACGAGACCUUCGGUCUGGAUCUGGUAGCACUGAACAUCCAACGGGCCCGAGAACACGGCAUCAGGCCUUACGUGGACUAUCUCAAUUCAUGCAAAAACGUCCAGAUCAAAACGUUUGAUGACCUGCUCACCUACAUUCCCAAGGACGUUGUUGACAAGUACAAGACAAUAUAUAAGGACGUGCGAGACAUCGACCUCUUCACAGCGGGGAUUUCUGAAAAGCACGUGAGCGGCGGCAUCGUGGGCCCAACGUUUGGCUGCAUCCUGGGAACCAUGUUCCAGAGGAUGAAGUUGGGAGACAGGUUCUACUACGAGCACGGAGGACAGGCCGGCUCCUUCACUUCCACCCAGCUCAAUGAAAUCCGAAAAACGACAUUUUCAAGGAUCCUCUGCGACAACAGCGACGCCAUCUACUCCAUCCAGAAAAAUGCUUUCCUGCCACCGGGAUCUGCAAACCCCGUGACGAAUUGCCAGCAAAUACCUCAAACCGACCUCCGAGCCUGGUUAUAAUAAAAAAAGAGUCAUACCUUAAUCAUGGUACAAAAAAAUCAAUGACUGGAAUAUCCUUUUACAACGAGAACAGAACGACGGACCAAUACACAGUACAAUAACAUCGAUUUCGACAAGCAACAAGUACAGAGCAACUUUAAAGAUAUUUUUAGUUAUUUAUAUUCAAAAUAAAGGUAUAUAUUCAAACGCU